AAGAUAAGACACUUAAUUACGAGGUUCUUUCUUCUACAUACAUGAGCAAUGGACGAAAAUGAAUCUUAAGAUAAGGCUUCUUCCAUAGAAGACAAAGAAGCUUCAGAAUGUCGAAGCACAAAAAUUUAACGUUGCUUCAAACCUUUCUUGAGGUUGUCUCUUUCUCGAACAACUAUAUAUACAUACAUGGAAAGCAAUAACACAUGAUGGCCACAACCCCAAAUUUCACCACACCACCACCGCCACCACCUUCCGCCACCGCAGCGCCACCGUCCACACAUUCAUCACAAGUAAACACACUCGCCCUCUUAAUCGACAAAUCCAAAUCCAAAAACCACCUACUCCAAAUCCACGCAACUCUCAUUCGUCGCGGCUUCGACGACCACACUAUCUUAAACUUCAAACUCCAACGCCGUUACUCCGCCGUUGGCCACCUUCACUACUCCGUCACCCUCUUCAACCAAACCCGUAACCCUGACGUGUUCACAUGGAGCUCAAUUAUCCAUGCUCAUACCCAAUCAAAUCUCAACGACGAAGCACUUUCUUACUACAUUCAAAUGCUUACAAACCAUGUUCAACCCAAUGCCUUUACCUUCUCUUCUCUUCUCAAUGGAACAACCCUUCAACCCACCAAAGCUAUUCACUGCCAUGUCGUGAAAUUCGGUUUGGGUUUCGAUACUUAUGUGGCAACGGGUUUAGUUGAUGGUUAUGCAAGAGGGGGUGAUUUUGUUUCUGCGGAGAAACUGUUCGAUGAAAUGCCUGAGAAGAGUUUGGUUUCUUAUACGACAAUGCUUACAUGCUACGCGAAACAUGGGAAGCUCUGUGAGGCUCGGAUGUUGUUUGAUGAAAUGGAAGGGAAUAAGGAUGUGGUUGUUUGGAAUGUGAUGAUUGAUGGGUAUGCUCAAAAUGGGUUUCCUAAUGAGUGUUUGUUGCUUUUUAGAAGAAUGCUUGUUGAAAAAGUUAGGCCUGAUGUGAUUACUUUGUUGGCUGUUCUUUCUUCUUGUGGACAGGUUGGUGCUUUGGAGAGUGGUAGAUGGGUUCAUUCUUAUGUUAAGAAUGAGAAAAAUGGUGGUGUUGGAGUUGAAGUUCGUGUCGGUACUGCUUUGGUCGAUAUGUAUUGUAAAUGUGGGAGCUUGGAGGAUGCAAGAAAGGUUUUUGACAAAAUUGAUGGUAAGGAUGUUGUAGCUUGGAAUUCAAUGAUAAUGGGUUAUGCUGUUAAUGGGUUUAGUGAAGAAGCUUUGAAGUUGUUUUAUGAGAUGUGUAGUGUGGGAGUUAAACCUAGUUAUGUUACUUUUAUUGCACUAUUGACUGCUUGUGGACAUUCUGGUUUGGUUGCCAAAGGAUGGGAGGUUUUCAAUAUGAUGAAGAAUGAGUAUGAAAUGGAACCAAGGGUUGAGCAUUUUGGAUGCAUGGUUAGUCUUCUUGGUCGAGCCGGUCGUUUGCAAGAAGCUUAUGAUCUUGUGAGGAGUAUGAAGAUUGAACCUGAUCCUAUGAUUUGGGGAGCGUUACUUUGGGCCUGUAGACUUCAUAACAAUAUUUCUUUGGGAGAGGAGAUAGCAGAGUUUCUUCUGAGCAAUGAUUUAGCUAGUUCUGGAACUUAUGUUCUUCUUUCGAACAUAUAUGCCGCUAGUGGCUACUGGGUUGGUGCAGCUAAGGUUAGAGCUUUGAUGAAAGACAGUGGAGUUGAAAAGGAACCUGGUUGUAGUACAAUAGAAGUUAACAACAGGAUACAUGAGUUUAUUGCUGGUGAUUUAAAACAUUCUAAGAGUAAAGAUAUAUAUUUGAUGCUGGAGGAGAUGAAUAGUUGGCUCAAGGGCAAUGGUUAUACUCCAAAGACAGAUAUUGUUUUACAUGACAUAGGGAAGGAGCAGAAGGAGUUAUCCCUGGAAGUUCAUAGCGAGAAACUUGCAUUGGCGUUUGGACUUAUUAGUACACGUCCAGGAACUACAAUCAAGAUUGUAAAGAACCUUCGUGUUUGUUUGGAUUGUCAUGAUGUGAUGAACAUGAUAUCUAGAAUCACUGGGCGCAGAAUUGUAAUGAGGGACCGGAAUCGGUUCCACCACUUUGACAACGGUUCAUGUUCAUGUGGGGAUUAUUGGUGAACUUAAUCCUUAAAAUUCUUAUUUCUUGAGGGACAAAAACCUAGUUGAUACCAUUCAGUUUUUCAA